GGCGCGGGCCGAGGAGGGUUUCCCACUGCACGACAUGGAGACCUGUGGCUGCGAGGCUCCUGGGGGCUUGGCUCGGACCGCGAUGGGGCUGGGCUGUGGCCUCUUAACAGGGCUCUUGUCUGGGGCAGUGGCCAGGGGACACCCUUCCCCCUGCCCACGACUUGGAGCACCCCCACCCCUCCCCUGCCGGGUGAGGCCGGGCGGUGCCCGCCAUGAACGGCCUGUCAGUGAGUGAGCUCUGCUGCCUCUUCUGCUGCCCGCCCUGCCCUGGCCGCAUCGCCGCCAAGCUCGCCUUCCUGCCACCAGAGCCCACCUACUCGCUGCUGCCUGAGCCUGAGCCGGGGCCUGGUGGGGCCGGUGCUGCCCCCUCAGGGACCCUGCGCACCUCCUCAGGCACUUCUGGGCGCUGGAAGCUCCACCUGACAGAGCGUGCUGACUUCCAGUACAGCCAGCGAGAGCUGGACACCAUCGAGGUCUUCCUGACCAAGAGUGCCCGUGGCAACCGCAUCUCCUGCAUGUAUGUGCGCUGUGUGCCCGGUGCCAGGUACACGGUUCUCUUCUCUCAUGGCAACGCAGUGGACCUGGGCCAGAUGAGCAGCUUCUACAUCGGCCUGGGUACCCGUAUUCACUGCAAUGUCUUCUCCUAUGACUACUCUGGCUACGGCGUGAGCUCAGGCAAGCCCUCAGAGAAGAACCUCUAUGCUGACAUCGACGCUGCCUGGCAGGCCCUUCGAACCAGGUACGGCAUCAGCCCCGACAGCAUCAUCCUGUACGGGCAGAGCAUCGGCACGGUGCCCACCGUGGACCUGGCCUCGCGUUACGAGUGCGCAGCCGUGGUGCUGCACUCUCCGCUCACCUCGGGCAUGCGCGUCGCCUUUCCCGACACCAAGAAGACCUACUGCUUCGACGCAUUCCCCAACAUCGAGAAGGUGUCCAAGAUCACGUCGCCUGUGCUUAUCAUCCACGGUACGGAGGACGAAGUGAUCGACUUCUCUCACGGGCUGGCGCUCUACGAGCGCUGCCCCAAGGCCGUGGAGCCACUGUGGGUGGAGGGCGCUGGGCACAACGACAUCGAGCUGUACAGCCAGUACCUGGAGCGCCUGCGCCGCUUCAUCUCCCAGGAGCUGCCCAGCCACCGCGCCUAGUGGUGGCCAGAGCCCGCCGGCUGCCGGACAUUAGCAAUAAGGGGUCGCAGGUGGACGGGGGCGGCCGCCAGACCUCACCCCGCUCCAUCCUGGGGGCUGCAUGUGGACCCCCCUCCCCCGGGCCUCCCAGGACUCCAGGCGGUGGGCACUGGAAUCCCACUCCUGCCUAGGGGCCGUGGACCAUGUACAGGCAACAGAGCUAUGCUCUCCCUUUCUUUUGGAAGCAAAAAGAAAAACCUGAAAACAAAUUAAAGAUUUGAAAUUUUA